UACAUUAAAUAAUAUCUUAAAUUAAUAAUCUGUAAGUAGGUUUUCCCAAUUUUUAUUCAAAUACGAAGAAGUUGACAAUUCGUAUACAGUAUACUUUUGUAUGUAUAUUUUUGGUUAUUGACUAUUGCUCCAGGCAACAUAAUAGACAGAGAUAAUAACAAUACAUUGAUAAAAUUAUUGCAAUUGUUUACAAAAUUUAUGCACAAUUGCACAAGGACAAACCGCAAGCCGAGAAAUUGGAAAGUUAAAUGUAUUCAUUGAGAAUUGUACAAAAUGUGCUCCAAAAGAAGCUUCACCUCAAACUGUCAGCACCUGUACUGGGGGGCCUGCGCCAGACCAGCCACUCUCAUGACAAGAGCAGGGAGUUGGAACCGCCAAAUGCAGAUGCAACGACGGAAACCCUAAUGGACCUGCACGGUCGUCGCCAUGACUACUUGCGCAUAUCUCUCACUGAGCGAUGCAACCUGAGGUGUCAGUACUGCAUGCCGGCGGAGGGCGUGUCGCUGAGCCCGCGGGCGCGGCUGCUGUCGUUCGCAGAGCUGAUGCGGCUGGCGCGCGUGUUCGCGGCGCUGGGCGUAGGCAAGGUGCGACUAACGGGCGGGGAGCCCACGCUGCGCGCGGACCUCGAGGAGGUGGUGCGGGCGCUGCGGGGGCUGCCGGGCGUGCGCACGGUCGCCAUGACCAGCAACGGGCUGGCGCUGGCGCGGCGACUGCCCGCGCUGCAGCGCGCCGGCCUCACACACCUCAACCUGUCGCUGGACACGCUGCGCGCGGACCGCUUCGAGCGCAUGACGCGCCGCCCCGGACUCGCCAAGGUGCUCGCGUGCAUCGACGUCGCGCUGCAGAUCGGCAUACGACCACUCAAGAUCAACACUGUGCUCAUGAAAGGUUUCAACGACGAUGAAGUCGGCGAUUUCGUGGAGUUCACGCGCGAGCGGGAGGUGGAAGUGAGGGAUGAAGAGCGGCGACAUAGUCCAGGGCUCCAACCGGCCUAUGAUCCUCAUCGGCGGGUAGCGGCGUGCGGGCGGCGCGCGUACUGCACCGCGGCGGGCGGGGGCAGUGACGAGGCGGGGCCGCGGCUGACGCACGUGGACGGGGAGGGCCGCGCGCGCAUGGUGGACGUGGGCGGCAAGGCGGAGACGGAGCGCGCGGCGGAGGCGGAGUGCUACGUGCGGGUGAACGCGGCGGUGGCGCGGCUGCUGCGCGCGGGCGGCGGGGGCAAGGGCGACGCGGCGGGCGCGGCGCGGCUGGCGGGCGUGAUGGCUGCCAAGCGCACGGCGGACCUCAUCCCGCUGUGCCACCAGCUGCCGCUGUCGGCGGUGCGCGUGCGCGUGGAGCUGCCGGGGGAGGAGGGCGGGGCGGUGCGCGUGACGUGCGAGGCGCGGACGCGCGCUCGCACGGGGGUGGAGAUGGAGGCGCUGACGGGGUGCGCGGUGGCAGCGCUGACGCUGUACGACAUGUGCAAGGCGGCGGACCGGCACAUGCGAGUGUCGGGGCUACGCGUCACGCGCAAGUCCGGCGGCAGGAGCGGGGACUGGACCGCGCCCGAUCUCGACCCUGACGACGCGUAGCCAAUGUAAUUUCUUUUGUAGUUCCUCAAAAUUAUUAAACAGUUUUGUUUAUACUAUAAUUAUAUUAUAGAAAAUUGCCAAUUUUCGAUAAGACUAAUGUGAAAUUUUACUGACAAGAUGACCAUGUUGAUUAUAAAGAAAGCGAAAAUGUUACUACACUUACAGAAUGAAUGACUUAGAAGUCUCAUUAACAUAAUGUAAUGCCUCGAUUUGUGAUAUUGCUCUCAUUAAGAGAUGUAUGAAUCCAAUAUAUUUUUAUAAGCUCAUUAUUUUACCAUAGAAUAUAGGGAAAAGUGAUAAUAUACACAGGGGUGAAAUGAAAUUAUAUAUAUAAAAUGUUAUUAUAAUUUUAUUUUUUUGUUAAUAAAUAACUGUA